AUGGCCAGCAACCCCAGCGCACUGCCCCGAGUGACCUUCCAGACGUCGGAGAAACCUGGGGAGGAAUCAUCACACAGGAAACUGGGCAAGCUAACCAUAAAGUACAACCGCAAAGACCUACAGCGCUGGCUAGACCUCGAGGAGUGGAUCAACACCCAGCUGCAGGAGUUGUACCAAUGUCGG